AUGAUUUCUAUACAAACUGAUGAAAACUUUGAUGAAUUAGAAGAAAAGGAAAUCCAAUGGCAUAUCUCCUUACCAGAAAAUAGCAAAAUGCUUAUGCACAAUUGUUCGCCAUACUCCAAUAAUCUUAUCUUAAUAUCAACAAAAUAA